GCUUAAGGAUUAAAUGUGGACUUCAUCAACAAAAAUAUGAGAGUUUGUUCAAUGCAUUCUGGUGAGGAAAUGUUUAAUAGGUCUAAGUCUCUGAUGAAACUUCGAGAAAAUGCCAUAGAUGAGGCGUACAAUUCUAUGAAAGCAGCAUCCUCACAGAAAGACUCUUGUAACGGCAAUGCAUGUACCUCACAGGAAUGUGAAAAUUUGCCAAUGCAAGAGGUGGAAAGUUUUAUUGAGGAGGUUUCAGAAUCCCCAAUUCUAGAAGUAGUAAACAGCAAAGAACAUCAGGAUACUGCGUUUAUUACUCCGAAUAAUUGGCUUACUGCGAAUGUCAUAGACAGUACUUGCGAUCCCCUUGCAUUAGAAGCAGCUAUAAUAUGCGAAAGGAACUACAACAUCAGCAAUUUUGAUUUGCCCAUAGAAUAA